GGAAGUGAAGGCCCUGCCCCUCUAAUAGAUCACCAUAAUAGAAGCCAUCUUGUUUGGGGAAGAUUUUUCUGCUCCUGUGAGUCUGCUGUCUUUGUGAGUUGUUGCCUCUGUGAGUUGUGUUUAUUGUGAAAUAUGAUGAGGCACACACACAGCUGCUGUGAGACCCCUCCCUCUGUCACAGUCCACAGGAAGCCGGGGGCCUCCAGGUCCCUCCGGCGCAAGAGGGGCAUGAAGCUGAAGAGGCCGAUCUUACAGGACAGCCUGGGGUCCCUGGGCAAGAACCAGAGCGACAACAAGAACAGGCACAACACCAAGGGGCCCUCUUUAGUAAUUCAGCGCCAGGAGAUGGCAGCUUUCUUCAAGCUAUUUGAUGAUGAUCUAAUACAGGAUUUCCUUUGGAUGGACUGUUGCUGUAAAAUUACAGACAAGUACCUGCUGGCGAUGGUGUUUGUAUAUUUCAAGAGGGCCCGAUUCAGCAUCAGCGAGCACACCAGGAUGAAUUUCUUCAUCGCCCUGUAUUUGGCUAACACAAUGGAAGAGGAUGAGGAGGAGAGUAAAUACGAGAUCUUCCCCUGGGCGCUGGGCAAGACCUGGAGGAAACAGUUCCCAAACUUUCUAAAGCAGCGGGACAAGCUGUGGGCUCGCAUCAACUACCGGGCUGCAGUCAGUCGCCGCUGCUGUGAGGAGGUAAUGGCUAUCGCUACCUGGCACUCUGUGUGGCAGCGGGAGCGUGCAGAGCACCACAGCGGGGCGGUGAGGCACUAUCGGGGCCAGGAGGAGGUGCAGCUUCCUCGGGGUCCGACUGCUUCACCAGCACAGUGCACUUUGUGUGGGAAGGGGGGGCGGUACCUGGAGCUGGGGCUCUCCUCCUCCUCAUCAUCAUCUCCCUCCUGCUCAAACUUCUCCUUAUCCUCCACCCCAAACACAAUGGAGAAGACCUCUGAGGGGACCCUGACCCAAAAUAUGCUGCUGAGCACUCAGCCCUGCAGCUGUAUGCAGAUCGACCCACCUGCAUGCCAACACACCUGCUCCGGUAAAAAAACAAGCAAUUGUUUUGGGUCAAAGGACAGAUCCAUGGACUGGUUUAAUGAAGAGUAAAUCAUUACUUACCUAACUCGACAAUGAAUGAGCAAACCAAACCACAAAUUCAGCAAGGGGGGGAUCACAUAUUUACAAGAAUUAACCAUACAUUUGGGUACAUGUAUAUUUACAUGUAUGAAACACCAGUUUCGAUUGGAACGUAAGGUUUUGUUGGAAAGACUGGGGAGGGAGAACAACACAAUAGAUUUUAGACAGUACAUGUGACCCAACAAAUUAGAGUGGGCAGUACAUAGAUGAGGCAGCGGAAUGGAAUACAGCAAGGGUGGCCAAAGUUGGCCCUUCCACUCCUGGUCUGUUCCGUUCUAAAUUGUUUCACGGAACCAAUUUAACCUAUAUCCAGACCCUGAAGUAGUUAAUUAUCUAAUUUUACCUGUUAAACCUGCAGUGAUCGGCCAGUCCUGGAAUACAGUCUUGAGUCCUCAUAUGUUUUGGAAAAUAGUCAUAGUUAUGGUGCAUGUGGUACUAAGAAACAUGUUUAUUUGUUUCAAAGAUUGUAUUGCAAGAUUGUAUUGAAAUCUGGCUUAUACAUUGCAUUCCUCCAAAAAAAAAAAUUACUUGCUAAGGUUUCAUAAAAUAUUUUACUGCCUCACAUUAGUGGGCUCUACAGAUACCCAGUCAUUACAGAGUUGAGGUUUGUGUGUUUUUGAAAGGUUUGAAAGUGUAUUUCAAUUCUGCACUAGCAGUGAGCUGCAAUGAAUUGAAGCAUGAAAGUAUCCCAUGAUCACAUUAAAAAUAAAAAAAACAUCAACUGCA